AUGUUUCCUCCCUCCUCACCGUCAGACACAGCGGGCGCGCCUAAUCCGUCGUCGUCUCCGUUGUCCGCAACGGCCCCGCCCUCAUAUAUCCAGCUCCCGCCGCCACCGUGCUUCUCUUCGUUCGCAUUCUCUCAAUCGCCUUCCCAUCCCUCCCCCGACCCUUUCGACAGAACACCCACCUCCCCCUCAAUAUACUACACGGCACCCUCGUCGCCGUACACAGAGUCCCCUACAAAUUCAGAGCCGUCGUCCCCUCUGAAAUCCCCUGGCUCACCCCCACCGUUGCCUGGGCUUCACAUAACAAUACCAUCGGGCCCACUUCCUCGAAGCCCGAAUUAUGAACCGUUGCAGAACGAAGCUUUUCCAACUACCGACGUAUCUAUCGACAUCGCUUUGGACGAUGAGAGCUUGAGCCCGCUCGAAAAGAUUUACCUGUUCUCCAGGAACAACGACCCGUUUCAUCGUGUUUUCAUCAUCCAUGCCAUGCCAUCCUUUUUGGAGCAGGUCACUCCACUCGAGGCUGACGAAUACGUACUACCGCUACUGCGAAGCCUGGCCCAGGAUGAGGAUGAAACGGUCAAGGAAGCACUAGCUGCGGAAUUAGUUCCUAUCAUAUGGUGGUUCUUCACUCAUUGCCAAAUCGUACCAGAGGGCGUCAAAGCGAACGAGUUUGGCCAACCAUCAACAAUACCAGUGACCACGAUAUGUGUCCAGUCGUUCACACCGAUUUUUGGAAGGCUCCUGCUGAGCCCGAACCCUAUGGUCGGAGGUCCAACUAGGAGUGCAGUUGUGGAAAUAUUAGCCAAGAUGCGCAGGGCUGAUAUUAAAGAAGGACUCCUUCCAGCGAGCAUGGGUCCCACAAACUCAUUGGACGAUCAGCCUCCAUCAGAUCCACAGUCUGAGAGUGAGGCGGACUCCGUCAUCGGCUUAUUCGGCAAGGUGGAGCGAGAAUUGUUCGAACACGAGCUUCUGCAGCACGUCGUCAUUGGCAUGGGUAGAUUGGAUAUGAUGGCCACCGACGAUUGCCAGGAGCCGCAGCCAGAAGAUUAUGCCUACGAAGACUGGGACGGCUCGAGUCAGGAUAUUUCUCCUGCGACAAAUAAUUUGACCGAUGGAUCUACGGCCGAAAGCUCUCCGGAUGCUAUGGACGUAGAUGUUGAGGAGAGAACGCCGAUGCUGGAAGAACCGGUGAAUCCCUAUUUUCCUCACCGUGCCCCGGCACCCUCACCCUCAGCUUCGUCGUCGUCGGAGUCGACACCCUCAAUGAUUACCAGCUCCUCGACCACGACAUCUUCGCCUUCUUCGACAGGCGAGUGCCUUGAGGUUCAAGAGAGUGUAUCCAACAACAGUGGCUCAACUGUAUCUCCGCCUGCUCUUGACGGUAUCAGAAUGGAAGCCGACGAACAAGGAUGGAUGGAUUACAACAUGGAAGGGGACAAAGACAAAUACUACGAUGCUGAAUACUACCUUCCCAAUGAGGUAUCCAAGGCUCUAGAUCUGCAGUCUGGCCAUCACUAUACUGGAUCAUCUUUGUUAUUUACGUGCUAUCCUCAGGUUUCGACUAUCGACCCAUAUGAUUGCACAGAAGAGGUCUCAGAAUCGUCGCUUGAAUAUGGCGCGUUUGAGUAUCCUGAAGAUGCAGCGGUUGAUAUUGACGACUACGGUGAUGAGUUGGAUUUCGACCAAGAGCAAGCUGCGGUGGGAAGGGUCUCGAGCAUGAGCCUCAUGGCGGCUACUGCUGCUAGUGGUACAUUACGCGAUGAGACCAAGGUAGCCUUCGUAAAGGAAGUGGAACGUGUAGGCCGAGACCACCUGCAUUGGGUGAGGCGAGAAGCUUCCUUCGCUGUUGGCGCUCUAGCGAAGGUGGUGCCCACAGAGCUUGUUGUCUGCUCCUUGUUCCCCUUGUUUGAAUCCCUUCGUCAAGAUCCUGUGUGGCAUGUGCGCCAGUCAGCUUUGUUCGCGCUUCCUGCCAUUUUAUCCCGUUUGCCGCCACAGCGUCGACGUAUACUAGCGAUGGAGACUGUUCUUCCUCUGUCAAAAGAUGCGUCUUCGAAUGUGCGAACUGGGGUUAUGGAAGCGCUGGGCGAGGUUAUUUAUACCUUCCACAAGGAUGAGAACGGCCCCCCAGAGCAGCUUUUGCACCUUUUCUUGGGAAGAAAGGAAGACAAGCGAUUGAGGGAUGGGCAACAGGAGGCCAGCGGCCGGAGCAGCAAUGGUGACACGCCACUGGAUCCGCUAGAAGCGUUCUUCCUAUAUCCGGACCGGGCCAUGGUUUGUGCCUUCAAUUUCCCUGCCAUCGCAGCAACACUUGGGCAAGCAAGAUGGAUCGAGAUACGGGAGUACUACCUGCAAUUGGCGCAAAAUCGCAUGACUGGCGUUCGGCGGACAUUGGCGGCGAGUUUAGGCGCGAUAGCCAAGAUCAUCGGAGAGGAGAAUGCUGAGAGCGAUCUCAUGGAUGUGUGGUGGGAUGCAAUUAGAUGCGAAGAGGAGGAUGUGAGGAUGAAGGCAGUGGAGUGUGUAGGGGAAUUUGUGUCGGCCCUGGGCUCAAGUGCUCGGCUUGAGAUUAUACGGGGGUUGUAUACGUUUUGGUCAGAGGGCAUUUUCAGGAAUUGGCGGGAGAGGGAGCGGAUCGCAGACAUCCUUGGUGAUCUUUCUCAGCUUGUCGGCUUGGCUGAUACUGGCAUAAUGCGUGGCCUAUUAAUGCUGGCUUUACAAGACGGUGUGGCUGCCAUCAGAGAGGCGGCAGUGUCAUCUCUGCCUGUGAUUCGGAGAACAUUUAUGGCUGAUGCACGGGUGCUACAAGAUUUACAUGACGAUGUUCUAAGCCUGUCUAGAUCAGCAAACUAUCGUUGGAGGAUGGCUUUCAUCGCAUGUCAGCAAAUCUUGACUAUAUCACCGCCAUCCCAGACUGCGGCCGUGGAGGUUAAUGAGGCCUUCUGGCUCAGCCUUGAGCCUCUCACAAGCGACAAGAUUGUUGGUGUCAGGAUUAGCAUCGCGCGCCUCAUAGGUGUUUAUCUUCGCGCAUUUCACCGAGGUUCUCAUCAAGCUUCCAAUGAAACACUAUCGAACAUGGUCAAGACAUUGCAGGAUGAUUCCUCCCACGAAGUCAGGUCAUACGUUCCAAGUGUAUGGCUUGAGGACACUCGUGCUGAUGGAAACGUUCCCGGCGUAACUCCGCUUCGGUCCAAGGGAGCCCAGUCGUCGAUAUUCUCUAAACCACCUCCGAUAUCGUCGAAUCCGGUCGACACAGUCCUUGCGGUGGCUGCGGAAGCCACCUUACAGGAACAAAAUAGUAUGCGGGCGGCAUCGAAACCCGUGCAAGCGCAAGAGGACAUCGGGUCCAUUUUGUUCAGCAAACUGCAGCAGAUUGGAGAAGCUCGGGUUUCGGCAGAGAGUGCGGCGCUUAGUGGGACCCACCUCGAAAUGGCGCAGCCUGUUCCCUCUUAG